UGUUGAGAAUUGGAUUGAGAUUACGGGAAAGCAUCCCGCCGCGUCCCCUGAGUCAGAAGUCUUGUUUAGAACUGCAAUAGUGGAUGGCUUACCCGCGGAAGUUAAAAAACAGUUGAAGAGUGAUCCAGACAUUUUAGUUUGUGCUGAAGGCAGAUUUAAACGUCACUUGUUACAUCAUUGCCGCACACAUGCAGAGACACAGAGUAAAGUGGAUAGUGAGACUGAAGCGUUAUCUAAACAAUUGCUUAAAUUGCAACUGGCUAAAAUGCAUGGGGAAGCUAAACAGAACAAAACACAGCAGAAAAGAGAGACACAGAUGUUGCAGGGACCGGCUGUGAUGGGGAGGGGCCGUGCGUCUUUCCGAGGCGGAUACGGGGGGCGUGGAAGAGGAACUCCACCCCCGGGGGGAAGGCCCCAAUACACUCCCAGUGCAUGUUUCAUUUGCGGAUCAUUAGAUCAUUGGGCUAGGGAAUGCCCACAAUAUAGACCACAAGCCCGCCCUAUGGGAGGAGCCCAAAGGCCAAUGUCACCGCCUCAAGCUCAAGCAACAGCUCCAUCUGGUGGUCAUCCAUGGCAAGCUCAAAGAACAGCACCAUCUGGUGGACAUCCAGGGCAAGCUCAAAGAACAGCACCAUCUGGUGGCCAUCCAUGGCAGAAGUCAUACCCGCCAACAGGCCAGUACUAUCUGGACGAUAGUGACUGGCAGGGACAAUACGACUAGGGGAGCCUGGGAAGCCCAGUAAGCAAUGGCCUGGCAGAACCCAUGCUUCAAGUAACAGUGGCUGGACAAACAAUACACAUGCUGGUGGACACGGGGGCAACCUACUCAUCUAUUAAUAUCAACUUACCUCCAGCCGCACUCUCAAAGAAGACCACUACUUUGGUCGGCUUCUCGGGACUACCCCAGAUUCUGCCUUUUACGAAACCACUGGACACGACUAUCAAGAAUACUGGACAAAGGUUCUGGCAUACCUACAUACACUCAUUGGGGACUCCCAUCAACCUCAUGGGACGUGACUUACUGGCAACCUUACAAGCUCAGAUCCUGUGUGGACCACAAGGGCUUCAAAUACGAUUCCCAGAUGGAAAAAUACUACAUUGUCAACAAUCCCUGGGACAAGAUGGACAAUGGUUGAUGGCUCCAUUACCUGCCACACCUGAGACAGCAACAAUUUACUGGACUCUCUUAAAUCCAGAAACUCCCUUUGGGGGAGGUGUGUACUCGACCUAUCUCCUGUGGAAACCUUGGAUUUGCUCAUUGGCACCCUACCAUCCUCCAGUCGAUCCCUUGCACUGUACGUUGUUUUACGACAGGGAGUGUGAUGAUGUGUAUAGGGAUUUAUUUGAGGAAAUUGAUGGUAAGGAGUGGCAAUUGUCGUCAUCAUGUAUACUGAUCGGAAAGGAAGGUGUUGCAGCAGCCACAGAUUUGACACCAGAACAGUUGCCUUGGUUCAAGAUGGCACAGGAAGGCUACCCCCACAUUUCGCUGGCUGUGGCCCCCGGGCACGAAGCCAGACAAUUGGGGCCGAUGGUUAGGCGCCUUUUGGAAGAAACAGAAUGGGUUAAAACAAACAUUCCAGAUUUGUGGUGGGCCCCAACGGAAAAAGCUUAUAAGAUACAGCAGGUGAUGAAGGAUGAAGGGAGAUUGGAAAUGGUUUUGUUAUCCCGCCUCCAUGGCAGGGAACUCUUGGACCACGAACAAGCCUCAGCCAUGCUCGACACAAUGCCUGACACACUUUGGUCACAGGGACCAUUUGAUGUGGGUUUUUGCCACUCUGUGACUCCAAUUAAAUUGUCCAUAGAUGAGACUCAGAUUAUACGGAGACCGCAAUACAGGUGGCCGCAGGAAGCUGAUCAAGGAAUGGAAGACACACUGAGGGGUUUGUGGGACGCCGGUGUCUUGGAGUUGUCUAGCUCCACUUGGAAUACACCUUUGCGCCCGGUUAGGAAGGCUGACAAAGUGACUUGGAGAAUGGCACAUGAUCUUAGGCCAGUGAAUGAUGUCACGGUGACACCUGUAUUGCCGGUACCAGACCCGCAUCGUAUCCUAGCUAGUUUGGACCCCUCAUAUCAAUUUUUCACAGUGAUAGAUUUAGCCAACGCAUAUUUCUGUCUUCCACUCUCGCCUGAAGACCGUCAUGUCUUUGCAUUUUCAUAUAAAGGAGUGAAGUUACAAUAUACACGGCUUCCACAGGGAUUUAAAAACUCACCAGGUAUUUUUAAUCAGGUGCUGAGGGAACUACUGGCACCAUGUGCUAUGCCGGAAGGCACUGUAUUGUUGCAAUAUGUGGAUGAUUUGCUGAUUGGAGCUAAGACUGAUCUCGCUUGUUUGGCGGCAACUGGAACGGUUCUGCGUUGGUUAGGUCAGCUUGGUUUCAAGGUCUCUAAGAAGAAGUUGCAGUGUUGUAGGCAGAAGGUAACUUUUUUGGGUAGAAUAGUUUCUCCAUCAGGCCUAGCCAUGUCACCUGCACACAGAAACUCCAUCCUCCGCCACCCUCGCCCCAACACGGUCAAGGAAAUGUUGUCUUUCCUAGGACUGUGUGGCUAUAGCCGCAACUAUAUUCCCAACUUUGUUGACAAAACGGGAAUUUUGCGAGGCCUAGUGAAAGAACAAGGAAAUCGAAACUUGAAAUCUCAGCUUGUCUGGACCGCGGAGGCAAACAAUGCUUUUGUCUCCUUGGUUCAGGAACUGGCCUCUGCAGCAGCAUUGGCUACCCCUAACUAUUCGGUUCCCUUCCAUUUAGAUGUGUCAAUUUCUGGGACCAUUGUGAAUGGUAUUCUCUAUCAGAAAGUCAAGAAUGGUCGUGCAGUCUUGAUGUACUGCAGUGUACCUCUGGAUAACAUUGAACAAAGACAGCCUGAUUGUACUCGGUACGCAGCCGGAUUGGCCAAAAUUCUUCAAAAAACAGCCCAUGUGGUCAUGGCCCACCCACUGAAUGUACUCACUGACCAUGCAGUGUCAGCAUUUGUGGGGUCGGCCGCGUUCACUUUAACACCACUAAGACAGAUCAGGCUUUUGAAAAUUUUGACCGCCCCUAAUGUCAACUAUGUCCACACGGGAGUGAACAUGGCUGACCAGAUUCUGAUCGGCCCACAUGAAUGUGCCCUUAAAAUCAAGCCACUGGUCAAGAUCAGACCUGAUCUAUAUGCGGAGCCCUUGGAUCAUGGUCGGAUUCUGUUCACAGACGGGUGUUGUUGGAGAGACAAGCAGGGCAACUUACACGCUGCAGCUGCAGUGGUGGAAUGGCAAGACGGCCACUUCACCACUAUUAAAUCCCAGCAGAUGUCAACUCACCCAUCAGCUCAGGCAGCUGAGGUAUUGGCACUUAUUCUGGCAUUGGAAUCUGCCCAGUGCGAGGCAGCCACCAUCUACUCUGACUCAGCGUAUGCAACAUCUGCCGCUCACAUAGAUUUGCUUGGCUGGAUGAAAAAUGGUUUCAUUACUGCUAAAGGAACUGACAUUGCUCACAAAGAUCUGAUGAUUCGCCUAGGUGAGGCCAUUAAGGCCCCAGCAGAAGUCGCUAUUGUAAAGAUACCAGGCCACUCUAAAUCGGAUACACUUGUGGCCCAAGGCAAUAACGCUGUAGACGCAGCUGCUAAGGCAGCUGCUGGAUACCAUGUUGAACGGGGUAUGAUGAUGUCUCGCGGCCCAAUUGUAGUUGAUGGCAACCACCCGGAUGCAGCUCUUCUUGAACCAGUAGAUUUGCCAGCAUUAAUUGACCUUCAGAAUUCAGCCUCUCCUGAGCAGAAAUCAGUUUGGCUCGCGGCAGGUGCGUUUAAAUUACCUGACAAGCUUUGGGUCGGCCCUAAUGGCCGACCAGUUCUCCCUGAUGGUAAGUUGUUACAGGACACCUUGCUCGAGGCCCACACACCGUCGCAUGUUGCCCCGCACUCCAUGCUAGCCAAACUUAUCAUGUGGUGGCAUCCCAAAUUCUAUGAUGUCGUAUGGAAUUUUGUUACAAAUUGCGAAACGUGUCAGACAUUCAAUGCGAAACCAACGUUGAAGCCCAAACCUGGCCUAUUCCAACCUGCUCCAUGGCCAGGGGCGGAGAUUAUUAUGGAUUUUACGGACAUGAUCACCAGAAUUAAUGGCAAACGUUACCUCUUGGUCAUUGUUGACGCCUUCUCGGGAUGGCCGGAAGCCUACCCCUGUGCACGUGAGGACUCAGGUGCCGUAAUCAAGUCAUUGGUAAAUCAUUACAUACCGACUCAUGGAUUCCCCGCUCUAAUUAGAUCUGACAAUGGGACUCAUUUCAGUAACAAAGCCUUGGCCAAGGUUGAGUCUCUCUUGGGUUUAAAACAUCGUUUCGGUUGCGUAUAUCGACCUCAGAGCCAGGGAAAGGUAGAACGUAUGAAUCGUACCCUCAAAGAGAAGUUGGCCAAAAUCAUGGCCACAACAAAAAUGAACUGGCUACAGGCCCUGCCACUGGCGUUACUUUCGGUCCGGCAAACGGUGAGUAGACAAACUGGAUUUGCGCCUUUCGAGCUCCUGACAGGUAGGUUGAUGCCGGGACCGGCAUCUUCACUCGUACCGCCACAAGACUUACCUGUGCCUGAUUUGUCGCAUGCAUCCUAUUGGUCGUAUUUGAAUGCACUUGUCUCCAGUGUUUCUGCACAGGUCGUUGAGAAAGCCAGAUCAGCGGCUCCUGAAGAUCUACCAUCUCAAGUCUCCCUCUCGCCUUACGUAUAUGUGAAAGUCCUGUCAAGAAAAUGGUCUGAGCCUCGGUGGAAAGGCCCGUUUAAGGUCAUCGCUCGGACCUCUCACGCUGUCCAAUUGGACGAUCAUCAGAAGAAGUGGUAUCAUUACUCACAACUCCGUCCGGCUCCACAGUCUUCGUGAAAUAUGGGACCGAGUCAGUCUUUUGGGCGUGUGUCUCACCCGCCCAAGAGAGGGAAUGAUGGGGAUGAUGUCACUUGGCGUUCUUUGUGUCUGUUGUUUAUGGGAGGAUGUCUGCUACUAUGUGUUUCAGGGCUUUUAAUAAGGUAUGUGUCUAAUGUGGAGAACCAACUGCUUGCGUCCACGCCAACCGGAGACGCUCAGGGAAGUGGACAUGCACAAGUCAUCAUUCAUUAUAAAUGCCACAAUAAGGUUUGGUAUGAAGCCGAACACAAUUCCUCUGAUAGCCUGACUAAGACAGAAAAUUCCAUCUUGCACCUGAAAUGUGUUGACCCUAAUUGGCAAAGAUAUAUUGAAGCUUUUAAAUGGUAUGAGCAAAAUGCGUCUUUACAUUCAAAAUUACAAAUGUACCAGGAUAUGUUGUUUUCUUGUACAUCCCAAACAUUGAUGCCGGAAGGUAAAACAGGAACAUGUGUGUAUUUGUGUCACGAAGAUGGUCAAUUCCUCGUUACUACAUGUUCAGGUCCAGAUAGGCUAACAUAUGGAGAAAUGUGGACAUUCUAUUCCAGAUGUUUGGGUAACCACCCCAUCUACAAUAUACCAGACGCCUUACAAUUAUUAACAAAAGCGGAAUUUGGUCUUCUAAGUCAGCAGAAAUAUAAUGAUAGUGUUAACAGACGUUUGCGUUUACCCCCACCUCUAAAAUUUCCUGUUUGGUAUUGUAAUGGUAGCCAAUGUGCAACAAAUGAUUCACUUAUGCCAGUAGUAUAUCACACCCACGUAAAAGAAAGAAUACAUAAAAGCUUAGUC